AUGCCGAAGGAGGGUGAUUGUGUUGAGUUCAGGGCGUGGAAAAAGACAGUGCGGCAUCCUUUCGUGAUAUACGCAGAUUUCGAGUCAUUGCUGGUGAAGACGGAGGAGAAGAGAGGCGAGAGUACCACAAUUAUACAAAAGCACGAAGCGCUGAGUUACGGGUUUUUGGUGAAGGCGAGCGACAACGUACCGACAGAGUUAUUGAUAGAGCACGAGAUACCGGCGGGGCCGGUAAUCUACAGAGGCAGCGAAGACAGGACAGACGUAGCGAGACAUUUUGUAGAGUCGAUAGUUGAUGUGGCCCGGAAAAUUGAAGGUCUGAUGAAGACGAAUAUUCCUUUAAUCAUGACCGAGGGUGAAGAAAAAACACAUCAAGAGUGUAGUACGUGUAAUUUAUGCAGAUGCAUAUUAGCCGGGGGCGAUAAGGUUAGGGAUCACGAUCAUUUGACGGGCAAAUUUAGGCAGACCUUGUGCUCUAGGUGUAACUUAGAGUUGCAACAGCCUAAAUUUGUCCCCGUCUUUUUCCAUAAUCUUACAAACUAUGACGCGCAUCUUAUAGUUACGGAACUUGGGUAUGACACCCAAGCUAUCAACGUUAUACCGAACAGUGAAGAGAAAUAUAUAUCUUUCUCGAAAUAUAUAAGUAGUACCUUCACUGUUCGGUUUAUCGACACGUUCCGAUUUAUGGCGUCGAGUUUAUCGUCCCUGGCCGAAAAUUUAGUUACACCCGAAUAUGAGAAUUUCCGUGAGACAGCCAAACAUUUUGUCACCGGAGAUAUGCCGCUCGUGACUCGUAAGGGGGUGUACCCGUACGAGUACACGGAUAGCUGGGAGCGGCUGGAGGAGACGAGGUUACCGAGGAAGAGAGAAUUUUAUAGUACGUUGACAGAGACCGGGAUUAAGGAGAAGGAGUUUGAACACGCGAAGGAGGUCUGGGACCACUUCGGCUGUACGACGUUGGGUGAGUACAGUGACUUGUAUUUGAAGAUCGAUGUGCUGUUGUUGGUGGACGUCUUUGAAAACUUCCGCGACGUAUGCAUGAGGGCGUAUAACCUGGACGCCGCUCAUUAUUUCACCGCCCCAGGCUUGAGUUUUGAUGCGAUGCUUAAGUUUACCGGUCAAAAACUCCAGUUAUUACAUGAUUAUGACAUGCUAUUAAUGUUCGAAAAUGGUAUACGUGGAGGAUUGGUGCAGGCGAGUAAGAGGUAUGCGAAGGCGAACAAUAUAAAGACCCCGGGCUACGAUGCGGGUAAACCUAACUCAUGGAUAAUUUAUCAAGACUGUAACAACUUGUACGGGUGGGCAAUGUCCCAGUACAUGCCGUACGGUGGGUUCAACUGGGUUGAACCUACAUUAAACGGAUUGGAUGAUUUGGAUGCCACCUCCCCCAUAGGACGAGUGUAUGAGGUGGACGUGAUGUACCCACGACACCUACACAACGAACAUAACGACCUGCCUUUCUUGCCACAAAACAGCGUGCCACGAGGUUCAAAGGUGCGAAAAUUGAUGGCGACAUUUGAAAAGAAGACAAAUUAUAUAAUUCACUACAGAAAUCUGCAACAGGCGAUUAAGAAUGGUCUUAUAGUUGAAAAAGUAAAUAUUUGUACACAGAGUUAUACAAUUUAA